AUGUCAUCGGACUGGGACACCAACACGGUCAUCGGCCAGCGCGUCAGAACCGGCGGCAGCGGGCCUCGCCAGCAGGUCGCCCGCACGCAGGGUCAGAUCAACGCCGCGCGCCGCGCGGGCCUCGUGCUCUCUGUCGACAAGAAGUACGCGUCCUCCAACACCAAGGCCAACAACGAGGGCCAGCGCCUCACCAUGGUCGACCGCGAGACCGACAUCGUGAAGCCCAAGAAGCUCGACCCCUCCGUUGGCCGCGCCAUUGCCAAGGGCCGUGGCGACAAGGGCAUGACCCAGAAGGACCUCGCCACGCGGAUCAACGAGAAGCCCACCGUCAUUAACGACUACGAGGCCGGCCGCGCCAUCCCCAACCAGCAGAUCCUCGCCAAGAUGGAGCGCGCGCUGGGGGUGAAGCUGCGGGGCAAGGGCAUCGGCGAGCCCCUCGGGGGCCCCAAGAAGAAGUAA